AUGGCCUCCUUCCACUAUAUUUUCCUCUCACUUCUCUACGUCCUCGUCGCUAGUCAUGGUAUCAACUCCGGUCUCACGGUCGAGACACCACUUCGCCCAGCGGGGAGACACGACGUUCCCUUUGCCAUUCGCGCACACUGGAUGCAUCAAACAACGCAAGCUCUCAGAGAACAGUCGUCCCCAUGCCCAUUCGCGGCAUUCGGAACCGCCAUCGUAAACCACACAGGCGGCAAUGGCCUUGGCGACUUGAUCUGUACCGGCGUCAAUGAUAUCUCGAGCACAGGGAAUCCAACUCACCACGGGGAGAUCUCCGCAAUCGACAACUGCACCCAGAUCCUUCAAGAUCCCCACGGGCGGUUCAGGCUGAGCCCUUCAGAGACCCAGGCUGCGUUUACGGAUUUGACGCUGUAUACCAAUGCAGAGAGCUGCCCGAUGUGCGCCGCCGCAAUCCGCUGGGCCGGUUUCCGGGAGUACGUAUACAGCACCUCGAUCGACAAGUUAAUCGAGUUCGGAUGGGGACAAAUCAAUAUCUCGUCGCUGGAGAUCUUCGAGCACUCGCGCGACCUGUCGUCGCCAUACCCUCGGGUGAUCAAAGAUCUCUUGCCUGCGGUAACGGAUCCUCUUUUCCGCUGGCAGUUUGAUGAUUCUAUGCCCUGUCCUCUGGGAUGUGAGAGGGUUGGAGAUGGGUCUACUUGCAAGAUUGCUGUUUCAUUCUAA